AUGACCCAAUUAUUCGUAGGUACGUUCAUGGAUACUCCCAAACCGGGCGAACUGAGGAUAAGGAAAGAUCAUUUGAUGGCCAUCUCCUCAGAAGGAUAUAUAACCCAUCUCUCACCUCUUCACUCUGACUCAUCCCAACUAUUCUUGUCCGAUCAUUCCUCUGUAUCCCCUAUCGAGAUACCCAACGCGUCAUUCCUCCUACCUUCAUUCGUGGACUUGCACCUCCACGCUCCGCAAUACCUCUUCAAUGGGACCGGUUUGGAUCUACCACUAUUAGAAUGGUUGGAGAAAUACGCUUAUAAAGCCGAAGAGAGGAUUGAUAGUUCCACGGAACUUGCUGAGAGGGUAUAUGAAGUGUUGGUCAGGAGGUUGUUGGAUAAUGGAACGGGGUGUGUUAGUUUUUUUGGAAGUAUUGGAGUUGAAGCGAACUUGAUCUUAGCUAGGAAAAUGCAAGAAUUGGGAUUGAGAGGGUUUAUAGGUAAAUUAUCGAUGGAUCAAUCACCGCGUCCAACAUACGGUGAAUCAUCAGCUACAUCCUCUCUUUCAUCCAUAACCCAAUUCCUAGAUUCUCUCCAAGGCUAUCUCGCACAGUUCCCAGCCCACCAGCGAUUGGUCCAACCUAUCAUCACACCCCGAUUCAUCCCUGUAUGCUCGGACGAAUUGUUGGUCGGAUUACAGAAAUUGGCAAAGGAGAGAGAUGUAAGGAUACAGAGUCAUAUGUGUGAAGGAAGGGAUCAGAUGGAUAUGGUUUUACAAAGGGGUAAGGGCCAGGAUCAUGAGUAUUGGGAUGAGCUCGGCUACUUGGGCCCCAAGACUCUCCAGGCCCACGUGACGUACCUCGACGAAGAGAUGAUACCUCUUGUGAAAGAUAGACAGGUCACAAUGGCACAUUGUCCUUUGUCGAAUGCCUAUCUAUCAGAAAAGCAGUUCCCAUUGAGAGAAGCCAUCGAUAACUCGCUUUCUGUCGGUCUUGGAACAGACAUAGCGGGAGGAUAUUCCCCCUCGAUUCAAACUCAGAUGCGCCAAGCAGUGAUCAUCUCCCGGAUGAGAGAAGGAGCGAGAUGUGAAUCUAUGAAUUGCAGUUUUGCCGAAUCGACCCAAAAGGAAGGUCAACAUUUGAAGGUCGAUUGGAAGGAAAGUUUGUACCUUGCCACGAGGGGUGGUAAGAAGGGGAUGGGUUUGGGUGGAUGUUUCGAAGUGGGAAUGGAGUUUGAUGCGCAACUGAUCGAAUUAGCUAGCUCAAAUUCACCGACAGGUACAGGACCACUAGAUCUCUUUGAUCUGUCUCUGGAAAGUAAGUUGGACGACGAUGAGUCCUGGUUAGAGAAUAUCGAGAGAUGGUGGUGUAAUGGUGAUGAGAGGAAUAGGAAGGGUAUGUGGGUACAAGGUAGGAAAGUGGCGUAA